AUGCUCGAACAGUUGUUUCCAGUUGAGAGAUCGUGCGUCGAUAUCAGUGGCGCUCCUUUCAAGGCAAACCGUCGGGCAUGGACCCCGGUCUUGGAAGAAUUCGACAAAAAUUUAAGGGAAGUAUCCUCGGAGGGGGAUGAAGUGUCUAAAAACAGGCAUCAGGAAAGGGGACAGUUGCUGCGUACGUCAACCCUGCAAGCCAAUGCGGAUAGUAAAGGUAGACUGAACAUCGCUGCGAAACAGCUCGAGACAGGAUUGCUCUGUUACUUGAUGCGGACUCUCCGUUCCUCGAGCUGGGAGCCUUUGUGGGAUUCCAAGUUCCCAGUUCCAAUUCUUGCGUCAGGUAGGUUCAAGGCCAUCCAGAUCAACUCGCCUUCUAACAACCUCGGAGUGGUCGGCCAUGUCUUCUUAUGUCUCACAUACCCACUCAGAGCGGCGGGGCCUGGAAUGAGAUGA